CUGAACCCAUACCACCCAGCCAGACACCAUAUUAUAGACCAUGGAUCCCUCUGGCGCCCCCACGCAAAAUCCUAACGACACGUCGACGGCAAUUCUCCGGCCGAAGAAGUCGCCCAACCGUUUGAUCGUGGAUGAAGCAACCUCGGAUGACAACUCCGUUGCUACGCUCAACCCGGCGACAAUGGAGACGCUCCAGCUGUUCCGGGGCGAUACCAUCAUUGUCAGGGGAAAGAAGAGAAAGGACACUGUGCUAAUCGUACUGUCAUCGGACGAUGUUGAUGAGGGCAAGAUUCAAAUGAACAAGGUGGCUCGCAACAACCUCCGUGUCAAACUAGGUGAUCUCUGCACUGUUCACGCAUGCAACGAUAUCAAGUACGGCAAGCGUGUACACAUUUUGCCCUUCGACGACUCCGUUGAGGGUCUCUCCGGCAAUUUAUUCGAUGUGUACCUCAAGCCUUACUUCCUCGAGGCAUACCGUCCUGUACGCAAGGGUGAUACCUUCCUUGUUCGCGGUGGCAUGCGUACGGUUGAAUUCAAGGUCAUCGAGACGGACCCAGCAGAGUAUUGUAUCGUUGCACAGGACACAAUCAUCCACACGGAAGGCGAGCCGGUCAAGCGGGAGGACGAGGAGAGCAAUUUGAACGAGGUUGGCUACGACGAUAUUGGAGGUUGCCGCAAGCAAAUGGCACAGAUCCGCGAACUUGUCGAACUUCCCCUGCGUCACCCACAACUCUUCAAGUCGAUAGGUAUCAAGCCUCCACGUGGUAUUCUCAUGUUCGGUCCGCCCGGUACUGGUAAAACGUUGAUGGCCCGGGCUGUUGCAAACGAAACUGGCGCAUUCUUUUUCCUCAUCAACGGCCCAGAAAUCAUGUCCAAGAUGGCAGGUGAAUCCGAGAGCAACUUGCGAAAGGCGUUCGAGGAGGCUGAGAAGAAUUCGCCGGCUAUCAUCUUCAUCGAUGAAAUUGACUCUAUCGCGCCUAAGCGUGAGAAGACCAAUGGAGAGGUCGAGCGCCGUGUCGUGUCCCAACUGCUUACCCUUAUGGACGGUCUCAAGGCUCGUUCCAAUGUCGUCGUUAUGGCUGCUACCAACCGUCCCAACUCCAUUGACCCCGCUCUUCGUCGGUUCGGCCGCUUCGAUCGCGAGGUCGACAUUGGCAUCCCGGACCCCACUGGCCGCCUGGAAAUCCUCCGCAUUCACACCAAGAACAUGAAGCUUGCAGAUGAUGUCGACCUUGAACAGAUCGCUGCUGACACCCACGGCUACGUUGGUUCCGAUGUUGCGUCGCUCUGCUCUGAGGCUGCGAUGCAACAGAUUCGUGAGAAGAUGGAUCUUAUCGACCUCGAAGAGGAUACCAUCGACGCGGAAGUUCUUGAUUCGCUCGGUGUCACCAUGGACAACUUCCGCUUUGCUCUCGGUGUUUCGAACCCCUCUGCCCUCCGCGAGACGGUUGUCGAAGUGCCCACAGUCACCUGGGACGACAUUGGUGGUCUCGAGAAGGUCAAGCAAGAACUGCAGGAGACAGUGCAAUAUCCUGUCGAGCAUCCCGACAAGUUCAUCAAGUACGGCAUGUCUCCCUCGAAAGGUGUGCUCUUCUAUGGGCCACCAGGUACUGGUAAGACGAUGCUUGCCAAAGCGAUUGCGAACGAGUGCCAAGCAAAUUUCAUCUCGAUCAAAGGACCCGAGCUGCUUACGAUGUGGUUCGGUGAGUCCGAGGCAAAUGUUCGUGACGUAUUCGACAAGGCUCGUGCGGCCGCCCCUUGUGUCAUGUUCUUCGAUGAACUGGACUCGAUCGCGAAGGCUCGCGGUGGCUCGUCUGGUGAUGCUGGUGGAGCGAGUGAUCGUGUGCUGAACCAGAUCCUUACGGAGAUGGACGGUAUGAACGCGAAAAAGAACGUGUUCAUCAUUGGCGCGACCAACCGGCCAGAUCAGAUCGACCCCGCUUUACUGCGUCCUGGUCGUCUUGACCAGCUCAUCUACAUCCCGUUGCCCAACGAAGUUUCCCGUCUCUCCAUUCUCCAAGCUACACUCAAAAAGUCGCCCAUUGCGAAGGACGUUGAUCUCAGUUUCCUUUCCAAGUCCACCCAUGGCUUCUCUGGUGCCGAUCUUACCGAAAUUUGCCAACGCGCCGCCAAGCUGGCCAUCCGUGAGAGUAUAGAUGCGGACAUUCGGCGACAGCGGGAAAAGAAGGAGAAGGGCAAGGGUGAGGGUGAGGAGGCGAUGGAUGAGGACGCCGAGGAGGACCCUGUCCCCGAAAUCACCCGGGCGCACUUCGAGGAAGCUAUGAAGUAUGCACGUCGUUCGGUGUCUGAUCAAGACAUCCGGCGUUACGAGAUGUUCGCCCAGAACCUGCAGCAAUCUCGGUCGUUCGGGUCGACGUUCAAGUUCCCGGAGGGCGGCGAAGGUGCUGCUCCUGCGGCGGCUGGAGCACCCCAGGGUAACCAAGGGUUCAACCAAGAGGAGGCUGACGAUGAUCUGUACGCAUGAGCAUCAGGAAGUUGACGGACAUAACCCCUGCAUUGGGAGCAGCCUAAUCAUAGCGCUUGAUCCUCGGUGCCAGCCGGUACUGAGCGGAUUCUUCUUCUUUUGCAUUCUCGUUCUUUCUCACUCCUGUAUGUACAUGGCCCAAAAUACAACGUGUCUC